CCUUAAUUUUAUAUACAAAACCUUCUGCUAAAUACUAUCAAAAUUAGCCUUUGAGAGGGUUGCCGUGUCUGAGAUAUAUCUUGAAGAAAUUCUGUUUAGUUUGGUCAACAUUUUUAAUUUGACUGGCAUUUCUUCUCGCUCUGGCAAACCGUUGAGCGCGGGUUUCUCUCUCUUGCUGGGCAUUUUAUGGAUCUCGUUUCUCUCUCCUCUCUGUAAAACUCAAAGAUGAGCCCCAAAACCCUUACCAGACUCGACCCAUUUCCUUUAUUCUCUCCCUAAGAACGAAGCCAACUCAACCCACUUCAUUCUUUGGAGGAAAACCCCAUUCUUAAUUCUCUCUCUCAAAACGCAAACCUUUCAUUUCUCUCUAUCUAGAAUAACCCCUUUCAUUUCUUGGAGGAAAUCUCAGUUCCACUUUUCUCUCUCUCUAACGGGAAAACCCAUUUCCAAUUUUCUCUCUCGAGAAGGAAAACCCAACUAAAAAAUCCCAUCCAUCUCCACCAUCUCGCUAUCCAAAUGCUCAAACCUCAAAAAAGCAGGCCCAAUCCUGUUUUCUCUCUUUAGAGAGAGAACCCAAAUGCUCAACCAUUUCGACUUCAAUUCCUGGUGAAAAAGAUUGAAAAGAAGGGGGAGAGAGAAAGUGGGCAUCCUUACAAUGGAACCAACCAUUAGGGCGAGGCCCUUCUUCACCUUAAUAGGUAUUUUCAUUAUCCUCUCUGAUGCUUCUUUUGCUAUGAAUUCGAAUACAAUGGUUCUUAGAUCCUCGGAGGAUUCAUCAAAUACAAUGGCUGAACGAGACCGGUAUACUGGUAGAAACUAUAGAAAUAUUCAUGAAAAUCCAAGAAAUGAAUCUGCAAAAAGGCAUGCUUCCAUUGAAUCAAAAGGGAAGAAUGAUUCAACAAAUGCUUACAGUCAUAGAACAAAUACUCAUGAUUAUAGAAACUCAAAGAACCAUAGAAAUUCGCCUCCACCAAAACUUCGUCAUCGCUUUAAUAGAAGCCAUGAUCAUGGUAUGAAUGCUGGUAAAAAAGUUGGGCUUUUCUUUGUGGGGAUAGCUGGGGUUUUUCAGGUUGGGGCAGCGGUCUUUCUGCUUUUUAAGAGGAAGCAGUUCUUAGAAACAAAGGCUCAACAUGGCGUUUGUUCUUAACCUUGACUGAGCAGAUGGUGUUUGUUUUUCACCUUGAUUAGAAGAGAGGGAAAAUAUUUCACUUUGAUUAGAAGAGGGAGAAAAAUUACUUUUUGACUAGAGGAUACAGAAUAGAUUUCACAUUGAUUAGUGGAGAGAGAAAAGAGAUUUGUUUGUUUAAUGAGGUCUCGGCACAGAGGUUGGCAAGAGGAAGAAAUGGUUAUCCGUAGUGGUUGAUUUGUUGAGGAUUGUUCUUGGGAUGGCGUUUCACACCAAGGCACGGUGGGUUUGAGUCUUGAAACUUCUGUAUGAUAAUUUUCUUUUUCUUUUUUAUUUAUGGAUGUCAAUUUGACAUUUUGGGGUUUGUUUAGAUUGAAUUUUAUGACACUGAAUGCGUUUAAUUGGAUUCUACGAUUCACUUUGUUUUGUU